AUGGAGCGCUGGUGGCUGUGGAGCUUUUUAUUACUGGUUCAAGUUUGUGACUUGAGUGCGGUUGGUGCUUCAAGAAAGCAGUGGAAAAAAAUCAGAGAGAAGAUUUCUGAUGCUGUUAACGGGUACAGUCCAUGCAACCCUGUCAACUGUAGCUGCCAUCUGAGUGUCCUACAACAUGACUUGCAGCCCUUUAAAGGAGGAAUCUCUGAGGAUUUCAUGGCUGCUACGGUCAAGAGAGGGGUGGGCACUCACUACCAGGUCAUUGGACACAAGUUGUACAGAGAGCGCAACUGUAUGUUCCCGGCUCGGUGCAGCGGGGUGGAGCAUUUCAUUCUGGACGUGAUCGACAGGUUACCUGACUUGGAGAUGGUCGUAAAUGUCAGAGAUUACCCUCAAGUCCCGAGCUGGGUUCAGCCAACGCUGCCGGUCUUCUCUUUCAGCAAGACCUCAGACUACCAGGACAUCAUGUACCCUGCAUGGACGUUUUGGGAGGGCGGACCUGCCGUGUGGCCCAUAUACCCCACUGGACUGGGAAGAUGGGAUCUGAUGAGGGAUGACCUCAGAAAGUCUGCAGCACAGUGGCCCUGGAAGAAGAAAGAGUCCAGAGGAUUCUUCAGAGGCUCCAGAACCAGUGCAGAGCGCGACCCUCUUAUCCUUCUGUCCAGAGAAGCUCCAGAGCUGGUGGAUGCAGAGUACACCAAGAACCAGGCCUGGAAGUCUGAGAAGGAUACACUCGGGAGACCCCCAGCCAAAGAAAUCCCUCUGGUCGAUCACUGCAAAUACAAGUAUUUAUUCAACUUCCGGGGUGUGGCGGCGAGCUUCCGCCUCAAACAUCUGUUCCUCUGCGGCUCCUUGGUGUUUCAUGUGGGGGAUGAAUGGCAGGAGUUUUUUUACCCUCAGCUCAGGCCUUGGGUCCACUACAUCCCAGUCAGGCAGGAUCUCUCUGAUGUCAGAGAGCUGCUACAGUUUGUCAAAGAGAACGAUGACAUCGCUCAGGAGAUCGCCACGAGGGGUCAGGACUUCAUCCUCAACCACCUGCGAAUGCAAGAUAUCUCCUGCUACUGGGAGAGACUCCUCACCGAGUUUAGCCAGCUUCUCACCUACAAACCUCAAAGAAGGAACAGCUACAACCAGAUUGUCCACAGACCCACUAAAACGGAGCUAUAAGACAGAGACUCUGGGGGACCAGGGCAGCUGUAGUGAAGGAAAACCUCAGAUCCUGAAUGUAAUUGCUGCACCACAGCCAGCAACGUUGUGUUUUGUUGUUGGUGUUCCAUUGUUAUCAAAAGCCCAGUUUAACUAAGGUGUAAAGUUUUGUCAGGACUCUUUUUAUUUAUUUCUGUGGAGCGCACAAAAGCCCGUGUGUGUUCACAGGAAUAACACUCACAGGACACAAAGGAGUGGUUGUCCAUGGAGGCUUCUGCUUCUUCUUUUACAUUUUGCUUCCAGAAAUGAGCCCCGUUUCUGUCUAUUGUCUGUCUCACCAGCGAAAUAAUAUUUGAGAUGUGCUUUUUCACUUUUUUAAAAUACUCACUACAGGGGUACUCUAGAAAUUUCACACAUUAACUUUAGUUUACUCGUCAUAAAGGAGACAGCUGGCCUAAUUGUAUAAUGACUUAUACGGCACUGAAAGGAACAGAAAAAAUCCCUGAUUAUGUCUUAGUUUCGUCAUGAAGGAUAGUAGGUUUCGUCUAAUUUUGAAAAUAUUAUGUCCUGGCUUUGGAGGACCUAAAACACUUGAGGACAUUUGAGUUAUGGCAAAGAUAACUGCUCAAGGAUGUAUCAUCGUUAUACUAAUUGAGGUACUAAUAGAGAGGCUGUCAGAGUUGCUGUGAUGGGAGAAUUUCUGGAAACUUAAAGGUCUCAUAUUGUGCCUCUUGUCAGCAAAUUAAUGAAAGCUUUACACGUCUCCA